AUGACUAGAGGAUCGAGGAUCAGGAGAUUAACACAAACUGGAGGUAUCCUAUUAAAUUAUGAAUUCACAGUAAAAUCCUUGUUGAAUGUGUUAACAAUAAAUAAUCUGAGGUCGCACUGUGCGAAUAUUUUUUUUUUUUUUUUUCUUGUUUAGAGAUCAACGUCGCGACCAUUUCCAUUUGCCUUUGAGGAGAUUUUGCCGGCUCGGUCGUCAUCGUGUCAGAAACAGUGCACCAAUAUCGCCGCAAGGGAAACUUUCAAUCAACCAACAAGACAGCCAGCCAGCCAGCCAGCCAGCCCUGAGCUGAUGAUAAAACAAGCUUUGUAUAAUAAUUAA